AGAGGCAGAGAUCAAAUAUCGCACUGGUUUACAAAUAUGUAGCGCGGCCGAACGUGCUCAUUAUUGCUGAAAUAUCCACAGAGUGUGAGGUUUCCAUAUUUUGGUUCGUUCACAGCUGAUCUGGAGUUAAAAUGGUAAAGGCAGUCGCAAAAUCCACUGUGGAGAAACCACCGAACGGGGAAACGACGCAACUCUGUCCAGACAACAUGGAGGACGAAACGACGGUCGAAAAUACAGAAGAAGUUGUGGUGGAAUGCAAAGGCGAAAGACGAAGAAGAUCUCCUCGUACGUGUGUUUUCAUUUGCCUUCUGAUUCUGGUGUUGUUAGUGGGAUUUCUAGUCGUCUACGCAAUCGAAAAAUCAAAUAGUAACAAAAACAGAAACAAGGGCUGGAACUAUGGUGAUGAUUAUAUCUUGGUUACUCAUCCUCCAACUUUAUCUAAUACAUCAUGGCACAAUAACAAUGUAUCAUGGGAGGCACAGGAGGAAAUUUACACCCUAUCAGACGCUAUAAGUCAGGAUGACAUAAUGGGUUUGAGGCCUAUCUUUAGAAAGGAUCUACCAGACAAGUAUGUUGCUUAUUGGGAAGCUAAACUGAAUGGCAAAAGUGGUGAAAAAUAUGUUAUCAUUUCAGCUGCGAGGCAAACUGGUGACCACCGUCUUGUUGAAGAAGGAGCUUUACCAAGCCCCUCAGAUGUGCUUACUGCACAAGCCAAUCAGAAUGGCUAUGGCUGUCACAAAGUGUAUCGACUGCGACCUGAUGGGCUUAUGGCAUGUGAAGACACUGAUGUGAACAGAAUAGUUGCAGCGACAAGGAGUGUUGAUACUGAUUCUUGGAAUAUUAACUGGAGGAAUUUGGACAAACAAGUUACCCGUGCUUUACCGGGCUUGAAAAAAGAAUGGGACGAGUUGGCUGAACGAGUUCAAAAGAUGCCAGAGUGGAAUAGGUUCCAGUGGCUGUCGAUGAAGACAGGUGUAAGACCGCAACUCACAACACCAGCUAAGCCGUUAGCAACUGAGCCAACGGCAAAACCAACCAGCCUGGAAACGGAAUUUAAUUUCCAAGUGGAAGAGACUGAAGAUGGGUUCAAGGCGGAAUUGGGACUCCGUCCGGGCGACUCGGUCCGGAUUCCACUCGGACAAGGGUUCCGUGAAGUCCGUAUCAAGUUUGUUGGACUUCGGGACGGUGACAUGAAGAAGACAAAGAACUGGAAGAAACAUUGGCAGAAACGACUUUGCCGGGUGUUGUGUGGCGUUUGUGAAGGAGAAGGUUACCUGGACAUGACAAUGGUUAGCAAACGUUUCUUCAAACUGACAAAGAUGGGUGAUCGCUUCAUCAAAGUGAAAGUCGAUGCAGAUGAGAGUUUCGUGCGAAGACAUCUUGAAGGAAGAGAAAUACGCUUCAAAGUAGAGCUGCGAACCCGCGGGGCUCGAGAUAUGAUCAUUAACUACGGCAUUAUCCUCAGAAGUAGCAGAAAUCGGCGCGCUUUGUCUGACGAAUAUUUCAGGAUUCCUCACGAAGAGUUGUUUCCAAGGUACCGCCAGCCCCAAAACGGCCAAUGCAUGUCGGGCUCGGGUCCAGUGGCCUGGACAAAAAUACUCGGUUACUAUGACAACAUGGCGGCGAGGACUUCCAAAUCAAGAUACCCAUCAAUAAGUCAUAUUGUAGGUUUGCCCACACAUCUGCCUUUAACAAUGGACACAUCGGUGGAGAACGUGACACGCCGAAUCUUUCACAAGCUUGGAUCACAUUGUUCGCCUCACGGUAGAGGAGUAACCUCUCCUGCUCAAAUGACGCGAAUCAAGACAUUCCUGGGGCGAGAGCUCAAGGUUAUUCACCGAGGAGAUCAUAAAGGGAAGAAUGGCCCUUGGACAGACUUGAUAAUUAACCUUCUUCAGAGGGGCUCCCCAGUCAUUGUCAGUAAAGAGACAAGUUAUCUCGGUGAACACCAUUAUAUGGUUGUGACAAGAAUCCGACAGAGCUCUAAGUACUACAGUUUUUGUCAUGGCAAAACCGGUGUAUGCUCACCCUGGACUUUAAAGGAAGAAUCACUCAUGUUUGUUCAUGAAGAAGACAGCCCUGGAAAAUGGGUUAGCGCUGACACUCAUUUUCUGGCUGCGAUCAUUGAGGUAUAAAACAAUCCCAAGACAGUUCAAGCACUGGUGUCGCUGUCAGACUGAGAUCGAUCAACUCGGCUGAUCGCUGAUCAUGUCCAUAACUUUGUGGAAGUAAUGCUCCAUUGUACAUGGAAAUGAAACUGUAGUCUGGAGAAAAUCCGUGAAAAAUGGAUGAGCAAUCAUGAAUGAACCAUAAACUCGAGGCCCUGUCUGUGACAGAGAUUUACCGAGUCCAGCGACUUUGUAAAUAUUGUAAUGUAGCAAGCUAAGGCUUGAUUCUUGAAUAAGUUAUAUUUGUGAAGUCACAAUUUAUUUUUUAGGUGCAGAUUUUGUAUUGUACGAACAUGAUCUUUUUAUUCUAUAUUGUAACCAUUUUGUCAACUGUAUUGCUUUUCAUAUUCAUGUAGCUUUUCCACGUAGAGGUCUCGCCAUUUAAUAAACCUUAAGUUUCGUUCGUAGCAUUUUCACGGCACGCUUCACCUUACUGCGCGUUGUGUGGUGAACCACAGUGAUCAACGUCUUAUUUCUCCUUGCAGUUACAACACAAUACAGUAGAUCAGUAACUAGAGUAAAAAAUAUUGUCAAGUAUUUGGAGACAUCAUGAUGUGCCACUGAAUUCUCCGAACUACACCUAUAACAUUUAAAAGAAUGAGUCGGUUUGGAGAAUUUUUCAUGCUAUCAUUUUUUGUAUGAAACAUUAUGACAAUAUUAUUUCAGGUACGAUUGGUUUGAGUAAGGUUUCAUAGACUUACUAACGACGUGGCUUGCGAAAGGACCCAGUUCUUUUUGCCUACUGAUUCACUUCAAACAAGUGAAAAUAACCGGUUGCUUUCACCUGCUAACAACGACGCUAUAAAGAAAUAUUUUUCUUUUCCAAAAAGAUCUUAUGUUUACUUUGUGAGCAGUUAAAGCUGUAGACCGUUUGGUCCUUUCUGUAAUUGCCUCAAGAAGAGACCACUUAAUAAAAAUAUAUUAAAACCAA